AUGGUUCCACUUCUUUCAAAGGCUCUUUUGUCCCUGGCGCUGGGCACUUCGGUCGCUCAGGCUCAACUUUGGGACAAGGUCAUUCAAACCAGUUAUGGCCCAGUCGAGGGAUUUGAGUACUUCAACCAAACUACUCUCGACAAAUACUUCAACGGCACUGAGUCCAAUGUUGCUGCUUUCCUGGGUAUCCCCUUCGCCGCUGACACGGGAUAUCAAAAUCGUUGGAAGGCACCGCAACCUCGAGAGUCAUGGAAUGAGACUCUGCAAGCAAAGAACUUUGGUCCCGCCUGUCCUACUAGUUCGAAUUCGGACAUCAGCGAGGACUGUCUCAGUCUGAACAUCUGGACCAAUGCCAAAUCUGCCAGUGAUAAGCUUCCUGUCAUGGUGUGGAAUCAGGGCUCUGACGAGACUAGCAACAACACCUGGUGGUACGGCGGUGGUAUGGCUCUGAAGGAUGUCAUUCUUAUCACUUUCAAUCGUCGAGAUGAUGCAUUCGGCUACCUUGCUUCUCCUGAGCUCAACGAGGAAGGCUAUGAGGCCUUUGGGCACAAGACUUCUGGCAACUACGGAAUCCUUGACCAACUCGAGGUUCUCAAGUGGGUGCAGAAGAACAUUGCCAAGUUCGGUGGUGACCCAGACCGUGUUGUCGUUGCCGGCCAGUCAUUCGGUUCUUCUCAGGUCUACCAUGCGGUCAACAGUCCUCUCUUCACCGGUUACUUCCAUGGCGGUAUCUCGGAGUCUGGUAUCAGAUAUCCUUACGAUACCCUUCUCGCAGGUCUGGCCACUUCCUAUGUGAACAUGUCUACUGCCAUCACCAACGGUGCAAGCUACAUCAAGGCUCACAAUGUCUCGACCAUUGAGCAGAUGCGUACGCUCUCAAUGGAGGAUUUGAUUGUAGGAGCUUCAGACCGUGUUGGAAACAGCUCCAUCUGGUGGGUUACCGCGCUGUCAGCCGGCUACCCUCUCAUCUUCAAGCCUGUUCUCGAUGGCUAUGUGAUUCCCUCCACAUAUCUCGAGACAUUGAAGAAUGGCCCUGCCAACGACGUUCCCGUUAUCACCGGCAACACAAAGGACGAGUCUGGUGCUUCUCCCUCCACCGAUUACACCCCUGAGGAAUACAAGUACUACUGCACCCUGAAGUACGGCAACCUCUCGGAACGCUACUUCAAGCUAUACCCCAGCCACAACAACGAAACUAUCGCUUCUCGGGCGUGGAAUGCUGCUGCCCGUGAUACUUCUCUCGUUGGGUCAUGGGCCUACGCUACCGACUGGUACAAGGCCGCAUCCUCGGACUUCUACACCUACUACUGGACGCACGCACCCCCAGGCCAGAACCAGGGUGCCUUCCACCAGUCUGAGAUCAUGUAUGCUCUCAACGCUCUUUAUGCCAACGAUGAGACCUACCCCUUCACCAAAAUUGAUUAUGAGAUUCAAGAGAGAAUGUCUGCUUAUUGGGCCAACUUCGCCAAGACCCUCAACCCUAACAAGGGAGGAUCCUAUACUGGCAGUCGCGCGUUGCCCCGCUGGACUCCUAACAGUGCCAAUGGAACUCAGGUCGUUAUGGAGCUUGGUAAUCAGUUCAAGAAUGUGCCCAUUGCUAAACCUCAGCAGGUGGAUCUUCUCAUGGACUACUUCCACCAACAGACCCCUUACUAG